AUGGUGCACAAAAUGGAGAACCCCUCCCGCCCCGGAUCCGUCCGGUUUGCAUCGCUAUUCGCUACCCCCCGCUCCUCCUCCUCGUCCUCCUCCCUCUCCCUCUCCACGAAGCUCCUCCCCCCUCUCUCCUCCCUCCGCCUCCGCCCCUUCUCCACCACCUCCACUCGCUACCCCCUCUACUACGACCUCAUCCUGCUACGCCCUCUCCCCAUCUCUCUCUCCUCCUCCUCCUCCCCCUCCCCGACCCCCUCCGAGGACUCCGAUGCCGACCCCGACCCCGGCAUGGACCGCUCCAAGCGCCGCUACUACCGCAAGCGCCGCCGUCGCCUCUACGGCGCCUCCGACGACGACGACGACGACGAUGGCGGCGGCGGCGGAGAGGUGGAGCUGAGGCCCGAGGUCGUCGACUUCCCCCGCCUCCACGCGCGAGAGCAGGAGCUCUACUUCCACGACGCCUUCGCCUUCCCCUGGGAGAAGGACAAGCACUACCGCAUGGUCUACCGCCUCGAGAAGAAGUACUUCCCCGACCAGUCCCUCGACAAGGCCUUCGUCGACCCCUCCAACGACCCCCCGCCGCCGCCGAGGAAGAAGACCGCAUCCAAAAAGGUCGAUAGUGGCGGCGGCGGCGGUGAUGGGGAUGGCGAGAGGGAUGAGAGGGGAUUGGUGUUCUUCGAGGAGGAGGAGGCGGGGGAGAGGAAAGAUGGGGUUGAUUUGAAGAGCAAGGCCACGGCGGAGCGAAAGGUGGAGGAGUUCUUCAAGUGUUUGAAGAAAGUCCCCAGCGAGAAGAAGAAUGUGUUUCGCGGUGGCGGCAUAAAGGAGGAUGAGCAGGAGGAAGGAGAGCCCUACUUGGCCAGCCGGAGGACGGGGCUCCCGCCGCGGUGGGACGGGCCGUCGGGGACCGUAGUGCUCGUCGACAAACCUAAAGGUUGGACUUCUUUCACUGUUUGCGGGAAGUUGCGGCGGUUAGUCAGAGUGCAAAAGGUUGGGCACGCUGGUACUUUAGAUCCUAUGGCGACUGGUUUACUGAUUGUUUGUGUUGGGAAAGCAACCAAAUUGGUUGAAAGAUACCAAGGUAUGCUCAAAGGUUAUAGUGGUGUUUUCCGGCUGGGAGAAGCUACAUCAACUUGGGAUGCUGAUUCACCGGUUAUCCAAAGAGAACCAUGGGAGCAUAUCAAGGAUGAAGACAUUAAGAAGUCAGCUGCAUCUUUCUUGGGUGAGAUAUGGCAAGUUCCUCCGAUGUUUUCUGCCAUUAAGGUUGGCGGUGAAAAGAUGUAUGAGAAAGCAAGAAGGGGGGAGAUGAUUGAGCUGUCACCAAGGCGUAUAUCAAUAUACCAGUUUGAUAUUGAACGCAGCCUAGAAGACAGACAAAAUCUAAUAUUUCGAGUAACUUGCUCAAAAGGAACAUACAUUCGAUCUCUUUGUGCAGAUUUUGGAAAAGCUCUAGGGAGUUGUGCUCAUUUGAUUGCAUUGCGGAGAGACUUGAUCGGUGAAUAUUCUGUUAAUGAUGCAUGGAGUUUUGAAGAGUUGCAAGAGAAAAUUACCAAGGGAUACUUAUGAAUUCAUUAAAAUUCAUGUCCUUUUUGGGCCGUAACCGACAUAUAAUUAAGUUGAUUUAUGUGAGAGCUGCUGAUGAACAAUAAUUUAUUUCCUGGCGAGGAGUUGCUGAAUUGUAUCUCGCUACAUCGGCUAAUAUUUCCGGUAAAAGCUUCAAAACUGAAUAGAGAUUAAGAUUUCUUAGUUAGAUGAGAUGAUGGUUCUUCAGUGAAGUGAAAUGUAUGUGCAAAUAUGGAGGGGUUUUAUCGAAUUUUGAUUAAAUUGCAACUUAUGUAAUUAUUUCCUCUGUUUUGUUUUUUUUUGUUUUUUUUUUUUCUCAUGUAAUUUCCAUUAGCAACAAAAAAGU